CCUUUAAACUUGCUUAAUUGAAAUUUUCUUAUGAUAACGUCCCUGUCAGAACAGAGUAUCAAGCAGAUCUACCUGUCACCUUUAUUAGAAUCUGACUCUCCUUAUAUUGUACAGAUCAUAAAACUGAAGGACUUCGGUAGAGAGAAGAAAAAAGUCCGGUACAGAAUCAGUAUCUCAGACGGCCAGUACUCCAUACUGGCACUUGUGAGCCACUCUCUUAUCCAACAAAUGUGAUGUGAACUCAAACUAUAUGAUAUACUAAGGAUCCAAGGGUAUGUAAAGGAGAAAGUCAAGCUAAACACAAUUCUGAAGAUCAGUGCAAAGCCAGAAUGACUCUAUACCGGCCUCAGGGAGGCUAUUGGUCUUGGAAACGGCAUCAAAAAUAUUAAUAGCAUUGAUGAUAACUCUCUGAAAUUUAGUAAAGAAAUUGUUGAUGUUCAUAUUCCUUCAUACAGAAAAUUAAAAGAGAUAAUAAGAAAGCAUUCUCCUGUCAAAAAGCCAAAGGUCGAUUUCUUCAAGGAAAUGAAAGAGGGCAAACUCUCUAAAGGAAAGUCUUCAGUCGGGAAACUUUCAAAUUCUAAUGAAGAGACUCAUGACUCAGAGUAUUCUUACCUAAAUCGUAUCCAGUAUUCAGCAAAGAAUUGGAAAAUUAAGGUCCGGAUUACUAAGAGAAACCAAGUAAUAAAUUUUAAUAGCUGCAAAGGUGCGGGAAGCAUUCUAAAUAUUGAACUAAUCGAUUCUUACGGCAACCAGAUCCUUGGAGUGUUCUUCAACAAAGCUCUUAAUAAAUUUGAUGGCCUUCUCAAGGAGAAAAGAGUGUAUAUAAUGAGUGGAGGGAAGAUCCAGCUGUCACAUAAAAGUACGCAUUCUACUAUUGACAAUAAGUACUGUAUUAAUUUUCCUCCUGAAGCGUCUAUAAAGGAGAUUAUUGAUGAUAACUCGAUCCCAAUGCUGAACUACAAUUUCACUAGUUUUAAUAAGAUUCAUCUGACUCGUGAUGGAAGCUUUAUUGACAUAAUAGGAGUUGUUCAUAGUAUGAACACCCCAAUGACCUUCCACAAGAAUGAUGGGAGGUCACAGACCAAGAGACAGAUCACAGUUGUAGAUGAGUCUGGAAUUCUGAUGCAGGUAUGCUUCUGGGGAGAUUUCAAAUUCUUUGAGUCUCUUGAAGACAACCUCCACCAAGUCAUUGUAGUCAAGCAAGCAAAGGUCAAAACUUAUGGAGGUUCUAAAAGUCUCAAUUGAUUUGAAAACGUUGAGGUCCAACUCGAGCCGGAAAUCCAAAGAGCAGAUGAAGUCAGCAAAUGGUUUGAAGAAAAUCUCAAGAAAGAUCUUGAAGCUAAAGAGAAAAGAAUCAAACAGUAUAAGAAUGAUAGUAAAUCAGCAGAUAAAAAGCCUAAAGAUGACACAUAUCUGAUAAAAGAGCUCUUAUCAUCUCUUGAUGCAGUUCAGGAGUUUAGUGAUGGAAAGAUAAAAUGCAGCAUGUCUAAUGAACUCUUUGAUACCACAGAAAGUUUCAGGAAUCCUAGACAACCACAAGUUUGAUACAUCACAGUGUCAGGUUUCAUCGAAAGUCUGAGCUACGAGAAGAUCGAGAACACGAUCUACCUGUCCUGUCCCAAACAAGACUGCAAGCGCAAGGUCUUCGAGCGGGAUGGUAAAUACAAAUGAGAAGCAUGCAGGGAGAUUUAUAACAAGUGUAAUGUAAAGUACGCUCUUACUGUCAAAGUAGCAGAUCCUACAGGAAGAGUCUUGGUCCAGUUUUAUGAUGAGUGAGCAGAGAGGGUCAUUGGGAGAAGAGCAGCCAUGAUCAAAGAGUUCCUGGAUAAGCAAGAGUUUACAAAGAUUAGAGAUAUUUAUAAACGUUGUAGGUUUAAACCUUUUACAUUUACGCUUAAGUUGAGACAGAGUAGUUAUAGACAAGAAUCAAGAGUCCAAGCGAUUGCUUAUAAACUUCGAGAGGUGAAUUAUCAACAUUCGAAUUCUGAGAUUAUUAAAAGGAUCAAUAUGUAUCUUGCUCCUCCAUCAGAAUCAACUUAA